AACAGUACCGACUGCCACACCUCUGAAACAGUACGAACUGCGCACACAUCAGAAACAGUGCCCACCGCGCAAGCGCAACAGUUGAACCAAGAUAGCGGAGCCGCCGAGUUGUCACAUGAAGCGCAUGCGCAACAGUCGAGUCAAGAUGGCGGGGCCGCUGAGUUGUCACAUGAAGAGUUGAUGGAAGUGACGUCAACUGCUCUCAACGAUCUGCUAAAAACGGUGACCAUACUAGCUGAUCUGCCACAAGAUGUGACCCUGGAGGAAGUGAACGCGCAGAUUGCUGUGCAGCAUGGCCAGUCCAUCACUGUCUAUGCGGUCAGGGAGAUGGCGAAGAGAUUGCGGCUGUGGCGGGGAAAAAAAUCACACGUUUGCUUGCAGACAGGUGGACGUGUGGGUGAACCAGAAGGAGCACGGGUGAUCGACCUGAAGCAUGCGAUCCGGAGAGCGGUUGACCUGAAACUGAAGCGAACCGGGAAAAUUGGAAAAGUCAGUGAAAAGCGGAAAAUCUCGUGGAAAUAUGUGUGGAAAACGAACCACUUGAGCUUCGACGGGGAACAGUUGAACAACGAUCAUGCACUGUUGUCUGAGAUGGGCAUCCGAAACAAGUCAAGGGUCACGUUUGUGAAGCGGCUCAGAGAGAAGGGUACUGUUAAGAGGUCAGUUACCAAAUCAAAUCAUAUUCAUUCAUUAAUUAAUACAUGUAAUUCAAUUAAUUUAUUCAUAAUUGACGCUACAACAGUAGCGGAAUGA